CAGAUCUCCAACUUUGCGCCCAGACAACGCCCGCGCGGCUAGGCCUAUUGCGCGAGUUCGCGAGGGCCACUAACUAAUUAACUUGCAUCGUUGUAGACGGACGUACAUACAUGCAUUCAUACAUUUCGAAACAUAUCGGCAAUACCCCACCAAUCGAUCUUGGCAAUGCCUCACCAGGUCUCCCCCGAGCGAACAAUGUCGGACGAGAAGCUGGACAUUCGGGACGGACGGCGGUCGUCCAACGUGGAAGUUCCCAACCUGUCAGGCUGGUCCUCAUGGUUCGGCGGGCCCGGCGUCACCAUUGGGCCGCGCAUCGCGCCAGUCCUGAGCGGCAUCUCGCUCGGCAGCGACUCGGAUACCGACCAGAGCAGCAGGGCCAUCUUGGACAAGCAGCUGGCGGCGGAAGACGGUCAUGCGAUCAAAUACCGGACCUGCAGCUGGCAGAAGACAGCAGGACUGCUCUUCUCCGAAUACAUUUGCUUGGCCAUUAUGAGCUUCCCGUGGUCUUAUAGCGUUCUUGGCCUGGUUCCCGGAUUAAUCUUGACCGUUGUCAUCGCUGGCAUCGUGCUAUACACAUCCUUGGUGCUGUGGGAAUUCUGUCUUCGCCAUCCAGAAGUCCGCGAUGUCUGCGACAUUGGUCAGAUGCUUUUUUGGAACAAGAAGUGGGCUUGGUGGGCAACCGCUGCCAUGUUCAUCCUCAACAACACGUUCAUCCAGGCCCUGCACGUCCUGGUCGGCGCAAAGUAUCUCAACACCAUGACCGAGGCCAACGACGUGGCAUGCCGCACUGUCAGCUUCGGGGUCGUCGCGACCAUCAUCUGCUGGGUAUGCUCGCUUCCUCGAACGUUUGACAUGCUGUCCAAGCUCGGCACUGCCUCCGCCUUCUUCACCUUCGUCUCGGUCCUCCUGGCCACCAUCUUUGCGGCCGUCCAGGCACACCCGGCCGGCUUCGAUCCGCGCUCGAGCUAUACCAAGCCCGACGGCACAACAGGCAUCGGCGGCAACCCCAUCGUGACGGCCGUCCCCGUGGUGGGCACUACCUUCGUCAACGGCCUCGGUGCCUUCCUCAACAUUAGCUACACCUUCAUCGGCCAGAUCACCCUCCCGUCCUUCAUCGCCGAGAUGAGGGACCCGCGCGAUUUUCCCAAGGCGCUCUGGGCCUGCACCAUCGCCGAGAUCAUCCUGUUCAGCAUCGUCGGCUCCGUCGUCUACGCCUACGUCGGCAACCAGUACAUGACCGCCCCGGCCUUUGGCUCCCUCGAGCCUUUGUUCAAGAAGGUCUCCUUCUCCUUCAUGAUCCCCACCAUCGUCUUCCUCGGCGUGUUGUACGCCUCCGUCUCGGCCCGCUUCAUCUUCUUCCGCAUCUUCCAAAAUUCUCGCCACAAGAACGAGCACACUGUCGUUGGCUGGGUUACCUGGGCGUCCAUCUUGCUGGCUACCUGGAUCGUCGCCUUCAUCAUUGCUCAGGUGAUCCCCUUCUUCUCCUCACUCCUUUCCCUUAUGAGCUCCCUCUUCGACAGCUUCUUCGGCUUCAUUUUCUGGGGUGUUGCCUACUUCCGCAUGCGCCGUGCCGAUGGGAGCAUCGCCGUGGUUAAGGAACACACGGUGGCAGGCUACCUUCUCGGGUCACUCAACGUCUUCAUCAUCCUGGUCGGCGUCUUCUUCCUGAGCGUAGGCACAUAUGCAACCGUCGAGAGCAUCAUCCUCGAGUUUGAAAGCGGCGCAGUCGGAUCGGUCUUUUCAUGUGCUAGCAACGGGCUAUAAGGCGGGAAGAGAAGGUUCAAUUGGAUAGAGAGGAAGAUACCCGAAUUUUGCCAUAUCAAGCAUGAUAAGCAAGCCUCGGAAAAAGAGGGUUUUUGCAACAGUCUAUAUCAGUAAUGUUACGGCUGCAAAUUCAGGCCCUCGUUCAGAGCCGCAG